GUCAGUGCUGACUGUAGCUUGCGAACAGACUGAAGUACUGCUUUUUGACCCCAUAUCUUCAAAGCACAUCAAAACCCUCUCUGAAGCUCAUGAAGACUGCGUCAAUAACAUCAGGUUUCUGGAUAAUCGACUGUUUGCCACUUGCUCCGAUGACACCACCAUAGCACUUUGGGAUCUGAGAAAGCUGAACACAAAAGUGUGCACCUUGCACGGUCACACCAGCUGGGUCAAGAACAUCGAGUACGACACCAACACCAGGUUACUCGUGACGUCGGGGUUCGACGGAAACGUCAUCAUCUGGGACACAAACCGGUGCACGGAAGAUGGAUGUCCCCACAAGAAGUUUUUUCACACCCGUUUCCUUAUGCGAAUGAGGCUGACGCCAGACUGUUCCAAAAUGUUGAUCUCCACCUCCUCUGGAUAUCUUCUGAUUUUGCACGAUCUGGACCUAAACAAGUCUUUAGAGGUUGGCAGCUACCCAAUUUUAAGAGCCAGGAGGACUACGUCAAGUUCAGACAUAACGUCAUCGGGUUCCUCCGGUCCUCGGACUUUCAGUUCGCCGUGUCACCAGUAUGAUUCGUGUCCGCUGUCUGAGAAACACAUGUCACGGUCCUCCCAGCGAGAAGGUGGGUCACCGAGAAAUAGUUUGGAGGUCUUAACACCAGAGGUUCCUGGAGAAAGAGAUAGAGGCAACUGCAUCACAUCGCUACAGCUGCAUCCCAAAGGGUGGGCUACGCUGCUUCGGUGUUCGAGUAAUACUGAUGACCAGGAGUGGACCUGCGUCUAUGAGUUCCAGGAAGGAGCCCCCGUGCGCCCCGUGUCCCCGCGCUGCUCGCUGCGGUUGACACAUUGCAUCGAGGAAGCCAACGUGGGCCGGGGCUACAUCAAAGAACUGUGCUUCAGCCCCGACGGCCGGAUGAUCUCGUCCCCGCACGGCUUCGGGAUCCGCUUGCUGGGGUUCGACGCGCACUGCAGCGAACUGGUCGACUGCUUGCCCAAAGAAGCCAGUCCCCUGAAGGAGAUCCGCUCCCUCUACUCCCACAACGACGUGGUGCUGACCACCAAGUUUUCUCCAACGCACUGUCAGAUCGCCUCGGGGUGCCUUAGUGGACGUGUUUCUCUGUACCAGCCAAAGUUCUAG